AUGUUUUUAAAGUAUUUUUUAUUGUUAUUGAUAUAUGUUAUUUUUUUAAAUAUUUUUUCUUAUUCAAACACUUAUAAUAAAUUUAAAAAAAUUAGAAGUGUUUCAGAUACUGAUGAUGAUAUAUUUUAUAGAUUUAAGAGGAAAAUGUACGGUGAUAUUCAUAAAUUUUGGAUUUCACCAAUAUAUUUUCACAUAGGCUUAGGUUUAAAUUCGACUGCCAUACUUUUAGCACUAUCUGAAAUUCAACAGCAUACAUGUAUUGAAUUUGUAAAGGCAGAACAAAUGACUAAACAAAACUGUGGAAUUAGUUUUGUUUAUGGAAAUCAAUGUAGUAGUACUAUUGGAAGAAUUAGUACAAAGAGUUGGCAAAAUAUUAUUCUUGGUGGAAAAAAUUGCCUUCACAAAGGUGGUAUCCAACGUGAAAUUUUACAUACGUUAGGAAUGUUUAAUGAAGAAAAUAGAUAUGAUAGAGAUAAUUAUGUUGUUUUUAUUAAAAAAAACAUUGAUCCACGUUAUAUCAGAAAAUUUAUGAAAUAUUCGUGCAAAAUUUUGUACACAUAUAAUCAACCUUAUGAUUAUGGUUCACUUAUGCACUCUGGAGCAUAUGCUUAUAGUUAUAACGGACAAAAAACAUUAUGGCCUAGAGAUAAUUUAUAUGGCAGUACGAUAGGAAGCAAUGACAUGAUAAGUUUUAUCGAUUUUAAAACUUUGAAUUUACAUUAUUGCAAAAAUCGUUGUAAAAAUAAAUUGAUUUGUUUAAAUGAAGGCUAUCAAGAUCCCAGUAAUUGCAACAGAUGUAAAUGUAUUCAUGGAUUCACAGGAAUACGAUGUGAAAAUGUUUUAUUUGAUCAACCAUCAUGCAAAUAUAUUUUAAUUGAAGCUAAACAAAAAGCACAAACACUAAAAAUUUUAGGAAUAAAAAAUUGUCUUUAUCAUAUAUUUACGCAUAAAGGAAAAAGAAUUAGCAUGUUUGUUGAUAAUAUGAAUCUUUACCCUAAUGAAAAAACUGUCUGUCGAAAUGAAAAUAGUGUUGAAAUAAAAUACUACAAGAACAAAGGAGUUUCUGGAGCACGGUUUUGUCUUAAGGAUAAUGCUAUUACAAUCGCAUCUCAUGAUCAUCAUAUAAUGAUUCACUAUCAUAGUUCAAUGAUUUCAAAUUAUGUUUCAAUCAAAUUUAAAGCAGUAGAGAAAUCUUAUUUUCAAAGGCAAUGUAUCAGAAAUGCAUUUGCUAGUAAAUCAUUUUUCAAAAAGCGAGGAUAUAAUUUAAUGGUUUAA